CCGGGCCGAGCGCGCGCUACCGUGAGAGAAACCAUGCCAUUUUUGGGCCAAGAUUGGAGAUCCCCUGGAUGGAGAUGGGUUAAAACAGAAGAUGGAUGGAAACGAUGUGAACCCUUCAGUCCUGCACUUGAAGAUGGGAAUAGUCAGCUGAAUGAUAUCAGUCACGCUGUCAUCAUAACUGGUGAUGAUGAGGAUGAAGAAAUAUUCAGUACUGAAGAUUGUGAGUUUGCAGCCAAGAAAAGGAAAAAAGAUCAUUUUAGGAAUAACACAGAUUCACAAUGUUUUUAUCGUGAAAAGUGGAUUUAUGUUCAUAAAGAAAGCACCAGGGAAAGACAUGGCUAUUGCACUUUGGGAGAAGCUUUUAACCGCUUAGACUUUUCAAGUGCAAUUCAGGACAUCAGAAGGUUCAAUUACGUAGUCAAACUUCUGCAGUUAAUUGCAAAAUCCCAGUUAACUUCACUGAGCGGUGCAGCACAGAAGAACUACUUUAACAUUUUGGACAAAAUUGUGCGGAAGGUCAUGGAAGACCAAUAUAAUCCACGAUUAAUCAAAGAUCUUCUACAGGAUCUGAGUUCUACUCUCUGUAUACUGAUUAGGGGAGUAGGAAAAUCUGUGUUGGUAGGGAACAUCAAUAUUUGGAUUUGCCGAUUAGAAACUAUCCUUCUGUGGCAACAACAACUAAAAAACCUUCAGAUGAACAAGCAAGUCAACAAUGGUCUUACGCUUAGCGAUCUCCCUCUCCAUAUGCUGAAUAACAUCUUAUAUAGGUUCUCUGAUGGCUGGGACAUUAUUACUCUGGGUCAAGUGACCCCAACUUUAUACAUGCUCAGUGAAGACAGACAGUUGUGGAAAAAACUCUGCCAGUACCAUUUUGCAGAAAAGCAGUUUUGUAGGCAUUUGAUUCCAUCAGAGAAAGGUCACAUUGACUGGAAGCUGAUGUACUUUGCACUUCAGAAAUAUUACCCAAUAAAGGAACAGUAUGGGGACACCUUGCACUUCUGUCGACACUGUAGUAUUCUGUUUUGGAAGGACUACCACCUUGCUUUGUUACUCAAGGAUACAGGACACCCCUGCACAGCCAGUGAUCCAAACACCUGUCUCAUGCCAGUAUCUCCUCAGCAUUUCAUUGAUCUCUUCAAAUUUUGAGAUGUUCAGUAGCUGUUCUCCUGUGUUUGUGGCCAUUUUUGUGAAGAGUCAGGCAGGAUACGUUAUGCUUUUUGUGCAAUAUAUUUAAUGUUUUGUUGUAGUUUAAACAAAAGAGAUAUGGGAGAAAUUAUCAGACAGGUCUAUUUAGUGUAUUGUUCUUGUGCAGAAAAGAGCUGAGGAGAAGGAGACACAUUAAGAACAUUUCUUUGUCAGGAAAUCUGCAGUGGACUUCUUUUCAAGUCCAAGAAAGACCAUUUUAUUCUCAACUUUAAAUCCAUUCUUUUGACGCCUUAAUAGUUGGUUAAAAUUAUGUGGGGGAGUUUUGAAAAUUUUAUGGAAACUCUUACAGGGACCAAAGGAGGGUUUUUUUGUUAAUCCUUCUUUCUUUAAGCCACUGUUUUCAAAACACCUCCAUGUAAUUUGCACUAUUAUAAAGAAUAGGCCAAUAUUCUAUUGGACUCUUAAUACAUCAGUUACCAAGGUGGCAUUAAUCAUUGUGAGCUAGUGAAUUAAAUAUAGCUGUGGUUUUAUCUGUUGUUGAAGCUAUGAAUGAAGGAAAUCAACCAAUCUUUGUACAACACAUUAUGCAAAAAUAUUUAUUUUUCUUAAGGACUUUAUUAAACAUAUAACCUAUCUCAGCACAUCCUGCAUAACUCAAGAGACAGAUCUGGGGCUACUGGAAAGUAAUUUUUCUU